CAAGCCACAAUAACUGUCGACAGAGUAGAAAUGUGCGACCCUUCGGUAGAUUAUCCCAUAAAAUGGAUGCUAAAACUGAAAAACGACAAGAAUGGGCAAGUUAUAGAAGAAGGACGUCUUACCUCAAGAAUAGAUCUGGACAACAAUAUUCUGGAAACAAUAAAAAUUUACUCCUUGGAAGAUAAGGAAUGGAUGUUUGUGCUCGGAAAAGAAGACUUCUUUUGCGACAUGCAAAAAAAUUUUUUUGGAGAGCUUGCCACAGUCCUCGAAAAAGCAGCUGGACUUGAAAAAACCUGCCCUUAUCCUAAGGGAACACAUAAAGUUUCUAAUUUUCCAAUAGACUGGUCCAAAUUGAAGUUCAAAGAUAUUCCUGAUGGUGUAAUCAAGUUGACAAUUGAAUACAACAAUGUAAAGACUAACGAUCUAUUGGGAUGCCUUGAAGUAGAACUAACUUGCAAAAAAUAGCUGUGUACAAACAACAACCCAUCAAUAGAAAAUAAAAUCUAGAUUGAAGUUCAUAAUUAUUA